CGAAAGAAUGGUUGAACGAGAGCUAUUCAGACAAUCAAUUUUAUUCCUUAUCAGAAAUAGGAGUUAAACAAAAAGUUAUGGUUAUUACGAUUAAUUAUCUUACAAUCUGAAGGUAGAUCUGAUCAGCGACAAUCUCGACGCACGCGCAGCGACACGUGAUUUGAAUUUGAACAUGCAACGAGCGUCAGUCCAGCGCCGACUGUUGCGGACAUGAUGGUUUGUGUGUCGUUUAAGUGCGACAGUAGGGUUUGUUUUAGCUUCGAUUAAAUUGAACGAACCGGCGAAGUACAAAAUUCAUUCGCGAUGUCUGAUAGUAUUAAGGUAGCUAUCAAAGUUAGGCCUCUUAUCAAGCGAGAGAAAGACGAAAAUUUGCCGAUACAAUGGGUUAGUCAAGGAAACGCUAUCGUGGCCGUUGACACGGAGAUAAAGAAACGAGGCGAUGGAGGAUUCCAAUUCGAUCAUAUUUUUGAUAUGGAUGCUAGCAACAACGAUGUGUUCUGCAGCAUUGUUAGUCCUAUUGUUGAUGCUGCUGUGAGUGGAUUUAAUGGUACAGUUUUUGCUUAUGGACAAACCAGUUCUGGCAAAACAUAUACUAUGAUGGGUACAGAAGAAGAAAAUGGAAUAAUACCAUUGGCUAUCAAACGAAUGUUUGAUGCUAUAGCUAAUACUCCAAGACGCGAGUUUCUAUUAAGGGUGUCUUAUUUAGAAAUUUAUAAUGAAAAAAUUAAUGAUCUGUUGAGUAAACAGAUAGAUUUAAAAAUACAUGAAGAUAUAAAUGGUCAAGUGUUCGUAAGAUGCAAGGAAGAGGUUACGAAUAGCCCAGAAAAUAUAUUUUCAUUAAUGAGUAAGGGUAAUAAAAAUAGAAGAAUAGGAGAAACAAAUAUGAAUGAACGAAGUAGCAGGAGUCAUACAAUAUUUAGAAUUACAAUUGAGAGUCGAGAAGCUGAUGCUGGUUCGGAUGGUGCAAUACAAGUAUCGCAAUUGAAUAUGGUGGACCUUGCAGGUUCGGAAAGAGCACGACAAACUGGUGCUACUGGGGAGCGUUUUAAAGAAGGACGCCAUAUUAAUUUAUCCCUUUCCACAUUAGCAUUAGUUAUUAAGCAAUUGAGCGAAUCACAAGAUUCGCAGAAAUAUAUUAACUUUCGAGAUAGCAAAUUGACAAGGUUGCUUCAGACAUCUUUAGGUGGCAAUGCAAUGACAGCAAUCAUUUGCGCGGUAACACCUGCCGCACUAGACGAGACUCAAUGCACAUUGUCGUUUGCAUCCAGAGCCAGAAGCAUAAAGAACAAGCCUGAACUUAACGAAGUUAUGUCCGACGGUGUUCUCUUGAAACGAUAUGCAAAACAAAUAGAUAAAUUGCAGAUGGAAUUGGAAAGGGUAAAACAACAAAAUUGGUGUGUUGAAGUGCAAGAGAUGGAAUCUAAGAUGCAGGAAAAAGAUCGUAUCAAUGAAGAAUUGGAAGAGCGAAUCAGAUUAUUACAGACGCGAAUAGUCGCUGGUGAUAAUCGUUCAACACAACACAACGUUCAAGAGUCGUUUAAAGCUAAAGCGAAACGAAGAAGGACAUGGUGCGGUAACACACAAGCUGGUGCACACAAGCUGAAUACAUCUACGUUUCAAACGUCUGCAAACUUGUCGCCGAUCAAAGAAAUGUCACCUCUGCGUAAUAAGAGUAGCUCAAUCGAAUCGUCUGGUAUUAUGGAUUCAUCUUUCCAAAUAGCUUAUGCAGAUUUUGAGUUGGAACUUAUGAAAAGCGAGGCGGAUCGUGACGAGGAGAUAAGUGACGAUGAUACAUUUGUAACGUAUCGCAGGAACAACCGCGUAAAAUUUAAAGAUGACAUAAUCGUCCACAAAUCGCCCUACAGUCGUGACAAUUCUACCGUAACUCCUGAGAAGACUGACACAUGCACUCAGACUCACUCAGGCAGAUCUCCUGGCACACCAAAGGAGAAGUUGCGAGAAAAGAUGCACGAGUUGAAGAAAGAAAUAAAGGAGCUUCGGGAAUUUACGAUUUUGGAGAAACAAAUGUAUUGCGAGGAUCAUAAUCUCAAACUGGAAGAGACCCUCAUCAAGUUAGCUGCGUUGGAAAAGCAGGUGGAAAACUUAGUGUCCGAUAGAGAUGCUUUCGAACAUAUAGCGUCCGAGCUUCGUAAAAAAUUGACAACAGCUGAGCUACGUUGCGCCUCCGCGGAGGAUAAACUGAACAUACAAAUGAUGGAGUUGCAGAAGAUACCCGAGUUACAGGAAAGACUCGCGCAAUUGUCCGCGCAGGAAAUCGAGGCACAACACAUUCCCGAGCUACAGGAACGGAUAAAAAUUCUCGCAGCUGAAAAGGACGGAUACGAACAUGUCGCGGCUGAAUUACGAAAGAAGCUCAAUGAAGCCGAGCAACGCAACAUUCUGUUGGACGAUAAAUUAGCAGCGCAGAUUGCGGAGGAAGAACCACUCAUACGGUUUUCGAUUGGAAACGAGUCUGUAGAGCAAACAGAAGUAAAAACUCUGAUGUCCGAAAAGGACGAAUUGCAACGUAAAGUAUCUGCUCUUCAAAGUAAGCUGGCCGAAGCUGAGGCAUGUAACAACUCGUUGAACAAUCAAUUGAAGGAACAGCAAUCAAUACACUAUCAAAAUGUUCGGGAUAUGGAGGAACGAUUUAAUAAUCUCGCGUCUGGGAAGAGUGAACUGGAGAAUAUCGUUCAGAAACUGCAGGAUACAUUGAGAGAUAUGGAACAAAGUAAUGAAUCACUAACAUGUAAAUUGUACGAACAGGAGAUGGAAAAGUUGCAAUAUCAGGAAGAACGAACUCAACAACUCAUAUCUGAGAGGAAAGAGGUCAAACUCAUCGUCGGUGAGCUUCGGGGCAAAUUGGAUGAAAUGGAAAUAACGACUACCUCAAUGAAGGGUGAAAUAGAUGAGCAUCAGCAUUGCGCGCAGAGAUUUGUGCAGCUGGAGAAACAGAUUCAGGACAUCACAGCGGAAAAGAUGGAAUGCGAACAGAUUAACGAUGAAUUGAAGAACAAAUCGAAAGAAACGGAACUGGCGAAUGACUUUCUGAAGAGCAAACUGGACGAACAACAACAGAUUUAUGGUUUAGAAAAGCAGAUAGAGGACUUGGUGACUGAGAAGAAAGAACUCGACGGUACGGUCACGGAAUUUAAGGACAAAUUGGAAGAGACGGAGCUGACGAACAAUAUAUUGCAGAAGAGGUUAAAUGAACAUACGACGACCACAUCAGAACUCGAUGAUCUAUUGUACGUAUCUUCAACCGAUACUCUUACGUUGGAAAAUAGCGGAUCCGAGCACACUGUUGCCAAGACGCAAAUAGAAUUAAAAGAAAAGGAACCAUAUGAUAGUUUGAGCGAAGAGAAGCUAAGCGAAGCGCCGAUUAGUAUCGACAGUAUCGAACAAGAAGAAGCUAAAUCAUGCAGCGGUUCAACGAAAGAUCAUGUAGACAACGUGUCGGAAUUCACGAUACGUGAGUCGCGAGUUGAGCUGGCUGAGGUUGAACAUCGCAGCUCCGUUCGACAUGACUUGAACAGGGAACAAUCGUACUUGCAAAGAAUUCAGGAACUAGAGGCACAAGUCGCGAAAUUGACGUCUGAGAAAGACAAGCAGGAACAGAUACCUGCAGAGCUGCAUGAACAAUCGUUAAAGAGCUUCUCAGAGAAGGAGGAGAAGUCAGCGGUCGGUGAAAAAGACGAGGUUGAUGAGGUUGCUCGCCUGAGAAGCCGUGUAAGAGACCUGCAGAUCAUCGUCCAGGAUAUCCAGAACGAGAACGCACAUCUGAAGGAGCAUAUGUCGUCAAGAUCGAUGAUGUCAGAGCACGAAGAUGACUUGUACACCAGCGACUUGUCUAAGAUCGACUUGUCGAGCACGAGAAUGUCUGUCGAGGAGGACAGCGCCAAGUUGUCCGCCGACCUCGUCACGAAGACGCAGGAAUUGGACGAAAUUAAGCACGACGUGCGAAGCUUGAAGGAAGAUAUCGAAAAUCUACAGAAAACAAUCUUGCUGUUGACCACCGAGAACACUGAGUUGGCGAACAAACUGUCAGCAGAGAAGGCGUGUGCCGACAAGUCCACCGCACAUUUACAAAAAACGAUCGACGAGCUAUACGUGCGGAACUCGAAGAUCACGGACGAGAAAAUCGAACUAGAGAACAACGUGGUGACGCUCAACGAGCAGAUACAGACACUUCGUUCGAAGAUACCGGAGAUCAACUUGGAUGAAGAACAGAAGAUGCUCAAGUACAAGGAGCAGAUUGACGCGUUGACCGCCAAGAACACAGAACUGCUAUGCAACGUCGCAGACAGGAUAAAAGAACUUGAGACGUUGAAGGAGAGUAAAUCUCUCCUGUACGAACAUGAUUGUAUGUAUAAGGAUAAGCUGAUGGAUCUUAUGCAGAAGCACGAAUAUUUGAUGAACGAGAACAACGAGCUCUCGACUGAUCUGAUGGAUAAGAUCGAAGAAAACGACAGUCUCAGGCAAGAGUACGAUAUCUUAAAAAAUAAACUGGAGUUGUCUCUGAAGAAUAAGGAAGACGUGAGCGACAACGAUAUGGAUCAAUUGAAGACUGAGAACACAUUGCUGAAGACCGAGCUGAUGGAACUGAAAGCCAACGUGAAAACGUUAACGGAAGAAAAUACGAAGAUGUCCACUCAACUGGUAGAAACAAUAGAGGACUUGGAUAACGCGCGGAUAGCUAAUUCGCACAACAAUAGUCUGCAUCUGUCGACGAUAUUUAAUACUACAACGACGAACGAUACGAUGAACAAGUCCGUGUCAGACGGCAAAAACACCGAGACGAGAAUCUUGAAUCUGCAAGAGGAAGUCAGCCAACUCACGCAUCUUAACAGGAAGCUUAGUGAUCUCAAGUUGAGCACCUGCACUCAGUGCACACACUUGAAAGAGCUGAUUGAGAAUCGAAGAAUGCUAAAACUCGAGGUAAAAUCCCUCAGUCACAAACUGAUGGAUCUGCAGAAGAAGUUCGACCGCAAAUCCGCGAGAACAGACGCGCUCAUCAUGAAGGCAAAGGAGGAUAUUAACAGCAGUCUUUGCAAUUCAUCUAUCAACGCCAGUUUCUCAGAAACUAUGAACGUCACCUACUUUGAAGAGCAGCUAGAAUGCAUAAGCAACGACAUACAAUCUCUGAAGGAAGACGACAAUAAACUCUCGGAUCUGUGUAAGGAGAAGUGCGACGAAGUCGAGGAACUUCAUAUCAGUAGCAUCACGGACUCUGCGUUUACUGACGACGAGAGUUCCAACGUGAAGAAGCUUCCAAGCAAAACCACAUUGAGAUUGGACAAUAUCGAGAAAGUUAUGAGCAGUUUGCAGAACGAGUUGCAAGAUUUAAAGAGGAAUAACCUGAGCGUCAAGAUGGAUCUCGGUAAAUUCGCCAGCGAGAAAGAAUCUCUGCUGGACGAAAUUAAUUCGUUGAGAAUCGCCAACGAACAGUUGCUGCAGAAGCUAUCGGAAAACGAAUUAUCACUUACUACCACGUCGGAAAAGGCGAAUAUCCUCGAAAAUGAGAUGACUGAUAUGACUAAUCGGCUGCAAGAACGUACCACGAGGUGUACCGAGAUCGAGAAUGCAAAACUAGUUCUCGAAGUUGAGGUAGAGAUGCUUCAAGAAAAUAAAGUAAUGAAAGAACAGACGAUAGACGAAUUACGUCAGAAUCUUUCUUGUCUGCAGCAUGAACUGGAUCUGGUAAAGGAACAGAAAGAAGAAAUAGUCAGUAGCAACAACUUCUUGGAGCAAGAAUAUGAAAAAAAGCUAAAGUUGCUCAUGACGACAAACGAGGAGUUAGCCAAUUCCAAGACAAUUGCUGCGCAAGAAUUCGACAGUUACUCCAAAGAAUCGGAAAGCAGACUGCUGGAACUGACGGAGAAAAUAAGCAAGUGCACUUCCGAGAACGAGUAUCUGAAGCAGGAAUUGAUCAGGCUGCGCGACAUCGAAGAUAAACUUGAAAAGAUAAAAAGCGAAUACCAAUCCAAGUUUCAGCAAGAUAAGGAACUAACCGAGGACAACAAGAAGCUUAAGGAGGUAUUGAACACUACCUCUCAGAAUAUCAUCAAAGAAAUUCAGUCGCUGAAACCGAAAGUCGAGACCUACGAAUUCUCGGAUAAGUCGGUAAACGAGUUGUUUCAGAUGUUCUUGCAGACAAUUCUGACGAAGGAGAAGGAGAUCGUGAAGAGCAUGCAGCAACAUUUUGACAAGGAGAAGCACAAGCUCGAAGAUCAGAAACAGCAGAGCGUGGACGCGGAGAAACGCACCACGCUGUGGGCGAAGGAACUGGAAAGCGAGAUAGAGAAGCUCCAGGGUGACCUAUCUAAGCGAGAGAGCAUAUCUGACGGACUGCAGAAGGAGGUCGCGCGACUGCAACAGCUUCUGGAUGAAAACGGUCAGGAUAGGAACGCAUUGAAAGAGAAGAUCAGCCUGCUCGAGACGGACCUCAGCAACCUGCAGGUCGAGUUCGACAAGUAUUCAAAGAAUGGCACUAUGAAGGAGGAGGCUAUCAUCAAUGCGCAGAAGCGAGAGAAACAGGCGCAAGAAACGGUCAAGAAUAAAGAAGCCGAGUUCGAGAUGAAGUUGAAAUCAGAAAAGGAGGCAUACAACAGACGCGUGGAAGAUCUCGCCUGCACAAUAGAGUCGUUCAAGACGAAAAAUCUAGAGUUGACAGGCAGCAUCGAGGGUCUCACGGCUAAUCAAACGCAACUGAAGAAUAUCAUUGACCUGAAGACCAACGAGCUCAUAAAGAGCAAUCAGAUUAUUCAGAAGAUGCAGUCAGAAUCGGAGCAGCUGACGGACGCCUACAACGAUUUGAAUCAGGAGUUGGAGGCGACAAAGUCGCGUGUCGCGGAAAUCAUGAAUCUCCUGAAGACCAAGUGCGACGAGCUGACAGAGUAUAAAAACAAUAUCGAGACGCUCAUGCACGAGAAUAAGUUCCUCAAGCAACAGAUCAGCGAACGAAAAGCCAAUGUGGAUCAAUACAAAACCGAGAUGGAGGCUCUGAAGUUGGCUAACGAGAAAGCGGUCGACGUGAUCAAGGACAAGCUGAACUUGGCGGAGCUGAAGAACGCUGAGCUGAAUAAACAAAUAGCCGAAUUGAGUAGCAAGAACGCUAUCUUGACGGAGGAGCUGAAGAACUUGAACAGCGAUCAUGAGACCUUACGAUCCAAGUGCAUCAUGUUGGAAAAGAGAGUUCGCAACAGUACUAGUAAGAUCCAGGCGGAGGAACAAAUGGAAGAACUAAAAGAUUUGAACAGAUCGCUGCGAAACAACCUUGAUGGCGCCAGCAAUCGUAUAACGGAGCUGCAGACGGCCAAGACUGAUCUCAUGAAACAACUGGUCGUGCUAAAUAGCCAAUAUGAGUCAAUGUGUAAGGAAAACGAAAAGCUGAAAGACACGCUGUCGUCCUAUAAGUCCAAGUACAACGAUGCGAACGCGUCCAGUGAGAAGUACGAUACUUUGUUGCGGGAGAAGAAUCAAGUCGCCUUGGAAUUGGAGGCGAUGAAGGUGCAGUUGAACCAACGAGACCGAGAUAUCGAAAAACAAGCGAGCAAGAUAAAGGAGUUAACAAAAAGGAACAUGGAACUCGACCAGGAGUCGGAGGACUUGGCGGAGGUGAUCCGUCAGAAUGACGCGGAGCAUGCAAGAGUGGAAGAUCGAUACUACUCGUGCUGUCUCGAAGUAGAUACGCUGAAAGAAAAGAUCGAGAUACUCGAGAAGAAAAAUCAGAAUCUCCUUUUAUCGCAAACCGCGCAGAAUACCAAUCCGAUGCUCACCGACAAAACUGAGAAGUGCCACGACGAUAUGUGCAGCUGUGCCAUGUUGAAGGACAAGAUAUGCGAACUACAGUCAGACGUAGUAUGGAAGAAUGGGAAAAUCGCGACAUUGGAGCUGCAGAUACGCAGCGGCAGUUUCCCGUAUCAAACUAAGUGCAAAGAGUUACAGGAACACUUAUCGAUCUAUAGUAACAAGAACAGCGAGCUGAAAGCGGAGGUCAAACGGCUCCAGCUAGCGAUGCUGCGCACCAGUGCGAAGGAAUGUGACGCGUGUAAGGAGAGGCUUGUAAAUAGGAGAAAUCAGGCGUGUCAGACAAUUGCGGACAAUGUAGUGCGAUUCUGCAGCACGAGUAGCGGCAUUAUCGACGAGGAAUUAAGAAUAGUGAAAUUGGAGAAGGAGAAGAAAAUUAUGAAGGAUGUAUGUCGUUCUCGAUCGAAAACCAUAAAAGAGCUUCAGAAACGAUUAGAGGAAUACGAAACGUUGUGGCAAUCCAAAUAACCGACCUGCGAGACCGUUUCUUCUUUUGGUAUCAGCGCAUAUCAUCGACCAAAUUUUAUAUUUUAGUAUUACGUAAACCCGAUAUACUGCUUUAUCACGCGCGAUUUGAUAAAAAUUAGAUUUAAUAUGAGUAAGCAAGAGAGUGUAACGUACAAUGUAAAUAUAAUCAAGAAGUUACACGAGAUGAGGACAACGUAGUUUUAUAUAUUUUUGUAAUAUGAUAUUGUAUGAAUUCAACUAUUUUGUAUACACCAAUUUUUCAUAUAAUAACAAUAUAUUUUUCGCCAGUUUUACACUUUUCGAAGACAAUAGAAGAUCUGUGAUAUAAAGUAAUUAGAUUUUUAACUUUUGUCGGGAUAUAGGAUUGUAUAUAUGGAAGGUAUUACGACUGAAUUCUCGACAAAUCAGUAGUUACGAACUUCAAUUUUAUAGCCAUUUGACUACUACUAGAUGUGCCUACUCGCGCAUAUUUGAUAUGAAGAAUAUCUCUGUACUAUUUUUUAUACCUGAAUAAUUUGAGAAUAAUGCUAUAGUCUACUGAUGCAGAACUGCAUAUUUACCCAUGUACUGAACUUAUGUCAGUUUGUAUAACAUAAUGAAGAGUAUGAGAGAUAAAAUCGUCUGAAUUGUAAAAAAAGUUCGUAAACAAGAAAAACAUGAUAAAAUGUAUUGUCAUUCCAAGUUAUAAACAAUUAAAUAUAUAAUAAUGAUAUACGUGAUAAUAAUGAAAUAAGUGAUUUUAGCAAAAUGCUUUACUCGAGGAAAACAUAAUAUAGGGAUAGUUUACUUUAUAGCUAACGCCUCAAUAUAGAAAAAAAAAUAUAUAUGCAAAUAUAAUUUUAUUUUUAAAUUUUGCUAAUUACUUUAUACAUACCAACAUAAUUGAAAAAAAAAUGGAAAUAAUUGUAAUUAAUGUAACAAAAGAAUUUUGUGCAAAACGCUUUUUGCGCAAGUUAUAUAAGUUAGAACAUUAGUAAUAGCCGCGUCAUGCUUCUCAGACUGAUUUUUUUUUUUUUAUGUGAACGAUUAAUUUCUUGUGUGAAACAUCAUUAAUACUCUCGCUUAUAUAUUUGAAACAUUUUGCUAAAAUAAUUUUAUAAACAGUUUUGGAUAUUCAAAUGUAACAUUUUAUUUCGGAAAUAUACUAUUUUUACAAUUA